CAAAGCCUGGGCGGAGACUUCCUCCAUGACAGACACGCCCCUAUGUUCAACGAACACGGCUCCAUACAUACCCUGUUGUUAGCGGCACGGACGAUUUCAUUUUUGGCUAUUCUAACAGAAAAUUGGAAACAAAAUUUCACAUCCAGCCACGGUUAUCUUCAUGAUCCUGUAGAGGUUCACCCAUCUUUAUCACUGGUGUGACACGUUGUUGCUGGAGACAGCCUUGAGAGCCCCUUUGAGUAUGUUAAUACAAUGAAGAGGCAUGUGGAGGACCAGGAACCAAUAUUUGCAGCCCAGCAACAGCAGUCACAUCGUACCCCAGUCCAGGGCAUUGCAGAAAGCUUCCAGCAUAGGGCCCUUGCCCCAACCACUGCUGUGAUAGAGGCGGCCUCAGACAACAUGCAGCCAUCUUCUGGCAUCCAGUAUUCUCUUCCACAGGGUUACCAGGUACCAACAAUGCCUCAGAGCACAAGUGGACAUGGACUUAAUUCUGCCCAACAUGUUGGAGCCCAUGCACAUAACAUAGUCCAAUCUCAGGGCCCUUCACUGAUCCAGGGUCAUGUGCAUUCAACUGCACCCGUGACUUCAGCUCAAGGACAGCAGCAGUUUCAGCGACUGAAGGUUGAAGAUGCAUUGUCGUACCUGGAUCAAGUGAAGCUCCAGUUUGGAAAUCAGCCCCAAGUUUAUAAUGACUUCCUGGACAUUAUGAAAGAAUUUAAGUCACAGAGCAUUGACACUCCUGGUGUUAUCAGUCGUGUAUCCCAGCUCUUCAAGGGUCACCCAGACCUCAUCAUGGGCUUUAAUACAUUCUUGCCGCCCGGUUAUAAAAUUGAGGUUCAGACUAACGAUCUGGUUAACGUGACCACACCAGGCCAGAUUCACUACAUCACCCCUCAUGGUAUAUCUGUUCAAAACAUCCCAGUAAGUGGAACACCCAGCCAACCUGUUAGCCAGCAUCAACACCAGAGUGUGCCACAGGCCAGCUCACAGACUGCUGCUGUCACGCCACCAGUCCCCACCCAGCCUGCAGUAAAUAAAAUCAACAAGGCGAUGCAGUCUCCAGUCCACACCCCCACCAGCCAGCCGAAUCCAUCCAUCCCAUCUUACGCCUCACCACGGUCACCUUCAGUUCAGUCCCACACUCCUGUCAGCAGCACCCCAUCUGCUGGUCCACCACUCCAGAACAAUCAGCCUGUGGAAUUCAACCACGCAAUAAACUAUGUCAACAAGAUCAAGAACCGAUUCCAGGGUCAGCCAGACAUCUACAAAGCCUUCCUGGAAAUCUUGCAUACAUACCAGAAAGAACAGAGGAAUGCCAAAGAGGCAGGAGGCAAUUAUACUCCAGCUCUGACUGAGCAGGAAGUCUACACUCAAGUUGCAAGGCUCUUCAAGAACCAGGAAGACCUGCUCUCAGAAUUUGGACAGUUCCUGCCUGAUGCCAACAGCUCAGUACUGCUUGGCAAAACUGCACCUGACAGGGCAGAGUCAGUGCGUAAUGAUCAUGGUGGGACGAUCAAGAGACCUCUACCAAACAACAAACAGAAAUUAAGCCACAAUGGACUAACGGUCAAGAGACCCGGAACUGUGGGAGUUUCUCCCCUUCUCAAGAAGAAACCAAAAAUAGUUGGCAAGGACCAUGGCUUAGCUGAAGUUGGCAAACACAGCACAAGCACCGAAACCAUGUUCUUUGAAAAGGUGAAGAAAGCAUUAAGGAGCUCUGAGGCAUAUGAAAACUUCCUGCGGUGUUUACACAUCUUUAACCAGGAGGUGAUUUCACGUGCAGAGUUGGUUCAGCUAGUCGUCCCAUUUCUUGGAAAAUUCCCAGAACUUUUUACAUGGUUUAAAAACUUCUUGGGCUACCGAGAAUCCAGUCACAGUGAGUCGAGCCAUGCGGAGACUUUACCCAAGGAGCGGGCAACUGAGGGCAUUGCCAUGGAGAUUGACUAUGCUUCCUGCAAGAGGCUCGGCUCCAGCUACAGGGCGCUACCCAAGAGCUACAUGCAGCCUAAAUGCACAGGGAGAACACCACUAUGUCGAGAGGUUCUCAAUGACACGUGGGUGUCGUUUCCAUCCUGGUCUGAAGAUUCUACUUUUGUAAGCUCCAAAAAGACUCAGUAUGAAGAGCACAUUUACAGAUGUGAGGAUGAGCGUUUUGAGCUUGACGUUGUUUUGGAGACCAAUCUCGCCACGGUACGAGCCCUUGAGUCGGUCCAACAGAGGCUUUCACGAAUGUCGGCGGAGGAGCAGGUGCGCUUCAAGCUGGACAACACAUUGGGGGGCUCCUCAGAGGUCAUUCACCGCAAAGCUAUCCAACGAAUAUACGGGGAAAGGGCCCACGACAUCAUUGAUGGUCUUAAGAAGAACCCAACUGUGACUGUCCCUAUAGUGCUAAAGAGGUUAAAAAUUAAAGAGGAAGAGUGGAGAGAAGCCCAAAGAGGCUUCAACAAAAUAUGGAGGGACCAGAAUGAAAAGUAUUAUCUGAAGUCUCUUGACCACCAAGGCAUCAACUUCAAACAGAAUGACACCAAAGUGUUUCGCUCAAAAACAUUGCUCAAUGAAAUUGAGCUGCUAUUUGAUGAGCGGCAAGAGAGAGCAUCGGAGGAAACCAACACUACGCCUCCUAGUGGCCCACACAUAAACCUGACGUAUGAUGAUAGUCAGAUCCUGGAAGAUGCUGCUGCCCUCAUUAUUCAUCACGUCAAGAGACAAGUGGGCAUCCAGAAAGACGACAAGUUCAAGAUCAAACAGAUCAUACACCACUUCAUCCCAGAUCUCCUUUUCACCCGGCGAGGUGAGCUCUCCGACGUGGAGGAGGAGGAAGCACAGGACAUGGAUGUGGAUCAGGACGGAUCGAAAAAGCACAACGGCCUGCCAGGCAGCAGCCCGUCCAAGACAAAGCUCCUCUUCAGCAACACGGCAGCUCAGAAGCUGCGGGCCACAGAUGAGGAUUAUAACUUGUUUUUUGUCAACAACUACUGGUACAUCUUCCUCCGCCUCCAUCACAUCCUCUGCACUCGUUUACUGCAAAUCUACGGGCAGGCCGAGAAGCAGAUUGAGGAGGAUGCCCGCGAGAGGGAAUGGGAAAAAGAAAUGUUUGGGCUCCAAAAAGACAAGAAUGAAAAUCCAGCAUUCCAACUCAAGAUGAGGGAGCCGAUGGAUGUUGACGUAGAGGACUAUUACUCCGUCUUUCUGGAAAUGGUGCGGAACCUUCUGGAUGGAAACAUGGAACCAGCUCAGUAUGAGGAUUCCUUGAGGGAAAUGUUUAAUAUCCAUGCCUACAUUGCCUUCACCAUGGACAAACUCAUUCAGAGCCUUGUCCGGCAGCUCCAGCACCUUGUCACUGAUGAUGCAUGUGCCCGUGUAAUGGACUUGUACCUGAGUGAAAUGGCCAAUAAAGCCACCGGGGGCACCCUGCCCACACAGGCAUCCCGGGCCACUGCUGAGGGCACCUACCAGCGGAAAGCCGAGCAUCUCAUGUCCGACGAGAACUGCUUCAAGUUGAUGUUUAUGAAGAACCAAGACACUGUUUGUCUCACUAUGGAGCUUCUGGACACAGAGGAGGAGAACUCUGAUGAGCAAGCGGAGAGGUGGUCGGACGUGGGCAGGUACCUGAACUCUGAUUCGGCAUCUCCAGAGCUGCGUCAGCAUUUGGCCCAGAAACCAGUGUUCCUUCCCAGGAACUUGAGAAGAAUAAGGAAAUGCCAGAGAGGAUGGGAGCAGCUGCAACAGGAGAGGAUGACGACGGGCCCCUCCGACCCGGAGCUGCAAGGCGACAAGAGCCACCUCAAGAUGGAGUGCAUGUUCAAGCUCAACUCCUACAAAGUGUACGUCUGCAAGUCGGAGGACUUCAUGUACAGACACACGGCACUCACACGCGCUCAUCAGUCCCACCAGCGGGUCCACAGACGCCUGCACCGACGCUUCCAGGCCUGGUUGGACACCUGGGCCAAAGAGCAUGUGACAAGCGACAUGGCUGCCGACAGCCGCAAAUGGCUGAUGGGAGACGGACAAGACGGCCUGGUGCCCUGUACCACCACCUGCAACCUGGAAGUUCUCCAUUACCUUAACGUUAACAAGUACAGGGUCAAGUACAGAACACAGUAGCCUAUGAUCCUGUCAGAUCGCCCCGGGGGAGGGACGGAUCUUCAUUCUUUGCCCUUCUGCUACUGGAUUAGUUCGCCAACCUUGAGGGCACGUCUUCUGCUGCUGGAGGUUCUGCAAAUUUAGGUAAAUCAUCUGCAAACGUCACACUCGUGUUCCAUGCUGCAAAAUCAGGUUUUUGUCCACGUCGCAGUCAUGAGAAUGAGAGGGGUGUCUUCUAUGGAAAAACACCUGCAUAUUUGUUUGUUUAGCUAUAGCUAGCAUAAGCUCUCUAAAGGACCACUGACGUGAUUUUUCAUAAUCUAUAUUGUUUGGAAUGAUGUUCUAUGUUGUUUGUUCUUUUGUACGUGAAACCUAACUUGGUAAAAAUGAUAUGGCGGGAAACCUUUUUUUAGUCCCGGGGGGGGGGUAGUAGGGACGGCGCUAAUAAACAAACACUCGAUUUACCUCGUCUGCUUUGUUUAUGUUUUUCAUCCAAAUAGUAGUCCUUAUGCCAAAAGCUUGUGUUGCCGCUAGCUUGUUCCCUGUCCAAGCGUUGAUGUCAUUUUUAAUAUCUAUCGAUCACUAUCAAACAAAACUAGAACAACAUAGAACAUAAUUGUAAACAAUAUAGAAGAUAUUUGACAAAGUUGAAAAAGGAUGCGAGUCAAGCUUUCCCAGUCUGGGUGGCAAGGCAGCUUGUGAUUGGCUUUCUUGCAGGUAAAGGUGCACCAGUGCAUCCAAGCCCUUCUUUUGGAGAUCAUGUCUUUUCAAUGUUGUCAUCGAUGUGUAGCACACAGGAACAGUGUUGAUAUUCAGCUGGUUACAGCAGGAUGCAGUUUUAUUUUUUUUUCUUCUUACUAAUGGGGGCGGCUUCCAACCUUUUUGUGUUGGCGGUCCGUUCCUCUCCGGUGGUUGAUUUAGCAGAUAGGUACUGUUUUAUACGCCGUUCUUUGGCAUCACUGUGGCUCGGCUUUUAAAAGGACUGACUGAAGCCGAACGACACUGAUGGCUCCUGUCUUUUUAAAGACUGAAAUGUUGUAUUUACAUUUGUCCAAUUUGUUCUGUUUCACCUGUGAAACCUGCAUAUGAAUGUGUCUUUUCCCGUAAUAGUGCCGAUACCUCCACUGACGCGUGUACAGUAUAGAAUAGUUCAGUGUCAGCUAUGUACAGUUUUUGGGUCAACCAAGUCAGUCAGCAAUACUUCUUCCCUAUUGUGAAUGUCGACCCCCCUUGAAAGGGUUACUGGUAAAAGAGAAUGUUUGAUGGUCUUUGGUGGGUCGGCCAUCCUAAAAUGCAAAUAUUGAUGUAGAGAUUGUAGCUAAUGUAGAAUAAGACCAGACUAUGACUCCAACUUCCAUGUGCCACAUGCAGACGUGAGGAUGUGCCUGUAGACAUCUCACACCAACGAUCACAAGACUAGCAAAGAUUGGCAACGUUCUCGGGAUGCUGCUUCCUCACAGGAACUUUUAAAAGUGCUGACAACCGAAACCAGCUCCAGACAAUCUUGCGGUUUGCUUUUUAUUUCAUGUAUUUAACCACCAUGUUUAAUGCGGGAGGCCCCACGGCCCCGUGGAGGAGACGAUAAUGUUCACCAAUACAUUGAUUCUUCUUUUACUGUCUGUUCUCUUCACUUCUUGAUGUACGUACACGUGGGUUAGUCUGGUGUUUGCUAUUAAACUAUCCUUUAUAGACGCAAA